CGUGCAUGUCGAGAUCGAUUUUAUUGUGGGAUAUCAGCCAAUACCUGCUGCUUAAAAAUAUCGUCAUUGAUCGUAGAAUUUAAAUAUGAAAUAACCAAAUUUAAGAACUCAUACAAGUUCAAUUUAAAUAUACAGCUUUCAUGUUUGGUCAAAUCAAGAUAAGUUAGUUUUGAGCUGCGACAUUGAAUGGAUCAUUGCCUAUUACCUUAAAAACCCGAAAAACACAGCGCGACGAAUGAUCAGAGACCAAUAGUGAAGAGUUUGAGCCUACAUGCACAAAGCUUCUGCUCAUUGCCUGUGAUACCAUACAAUGAUGACCACCGUGAUGAGAUUACUCCGGGAAGGAACGACUUUCAUCCUUCUGUGCCAAAUAAUUGUAGUUGCUGUAGCCUUACCAAAGAGACAGAUCAGGGAAAGGGUACCAGAAAUAUGGCGACCUGGGAACAUGACAGCUGAGGAGUGGUACGAAAGCCAUGGCCAAACUAAAGAAAUAUGGGGGGUUGUUGUAGAAAAAAUGAAACAACUACAAGACAAGUAUUAUAAAACCUUCAUCAGUGAUGUCCCGCCGCCACAAGGACAAGUGUCUGACCCAGUGCCUGAGGGAUCCUACUUGAUGGACGAUGACAUUCUGCUGACACCUGAACAGGUGGACUACCUCAUAAGCCUAAUGCCCGAUCCUUAUAGUAGAAAGAAAAGAAAGAUUCAGCCUUUUGACAAUGGAUUUCCAUUGGCAAAAUGGCCAUUUCCAAUUCGAUACAAGUUUGAUGGCAUGCAUUCUGAAUCUCAGAGGGCAGCCAUACGAGCAGCUAUUGUCGACUGGGAAGCAAUGACUUGUCUAGAAUUCGAAGAGGUCCCCACGAUGGAGCCAGUCAAUGAGCCUCAUAUCAUAUUCACUAAACUGUCGGGAUGCUAUUCUUAUAUCGGAAGACAGGCCUAUAUCGUUCCUCAACAAAUUAAUUUAGCGUCAAACUGCAUCACCUGGCAUGGAACAAUCGCUCAUGAAAUAGGACAUGCAAUAGGAUUCUGGCAUGAACAAGCACGGACUGAUAGAGACACCUAUGUUGAAGUGAUCAAUGAUAAUAUCAAGAAUGGUUACCAAAGUCAGUUCAUGAAGCUAUGGGCUGGAUCAAUUGAGGAUUUAGGUGUAGAAUAUGACCUUAGCUCCGCAAUGCACUACUCAUCCAAGGCGUUUUCUAAAAACUACGGAUACACCUUGAAAACCAAAGAUCCUCUAUACCAAAAUACCAUCGGCCAGAGAACUGGUCUUUCCUUUCUUGAUGUGAAGCUGGCAAAUAUGGCAUAUUGCAAGGGUAAAUGCAAGACUCCUUUGCGUGAACAUUGUCAGCAUGGUGGCUAUCAAGAUCCCCUUAAGUGUGACAGAUGUAGGUGCCCCGACGGUUGGGCUGGGACACAUUGUGAACAACUACAGUCAUCUAUAAAUGCACAGUGUGGAGGGAAAAUAUUGCUGGAACCAGGCUUUCAAAAAUUCAUCAGAUCACCUGGUUAUAAUAAUCCUGGACACUAUGACAAUAAUGUGGGGUGCAACUGGCUGUUUGAGACACCUGUAGGCUACCGACCAGUUUUGACCUUUACUGGUGCAUUUGGCUUGUACUGUGUAGAUUCUAGUCUUGGGAAUGCAUGCUUCCAUUGGGUUGAAAUACGCAAAGAGAAACAUCUCGGUCUACCGGGCCCAAGAUUUUGCUGUUAUUCAACACCACUGGAGCCAUUGAGUGCUACUACAAACCAAAUGAUGGUUAUUCUUAGGUCUAACUUCACAUCCAGUUCAUUUAGAAGACGUGGAUUCCAAGCUUUAGUUUAUGCUGAAAACAUCAAUGAAUGUGAGGAUCUACCUUGUAACAAUGGCGGUGUGUGUAUUGAUGGAAUCAAUGACUACACGUGUAACUGUCCUGAAGGAUUCACGGGAAAGAACUGUAGCACUGAGAGUACCAAUCCAUGUGAUAACAAUCCUUGUUUCAAUGGUGGCGAGUGUGAACCAAUCAACCAUAAUACCAACUUCAAGUGCCAUUGUCCACUAGGGUUUACUGGAUCAAGAUGCAUCUUUGGUUGCGGCGGUUGCUCAGAUGCGCUUGUUCCUGGUACGAUCCAGCCUCGUUGCAACGUUACCGUGAAUACAACGUGCUACAGAUAUGAAGACGAUUAUAUAAACAACGAGGUCGUCUGGAAAGUCAUUCCAUAUCCAUGUACAAAAGAAGAACCCAUCUGUUGUAAAAGAGCUUUAUUCAACCCUCAGAUCAAGAAGUGUGAAGUUCCCAAGUACUCACAAUGGAGUGACUGGUCUCAAUGUUCAGAGAGUUGUGGUGCUUUUGGUAAACGACACCGGUACCGUAAUAAUAUUCUUAAACAGAGCAUGAGAGAUGUUACCAAGGGAUUGAACUUUCGAGAAACAGACAUCGAGCAUUGCAAUUUCCAACAAUGUCCUCAAACAAAUGACUGCCAGGCUGCUAGAGAUAUUACAUUUAUAUGCUCAUAUUUCCCAUGGUAUCCACCCUGUAACAGGCCCUGUCCAGUUUGUAAAUCUGGUUACACAGUGAAAGAUGGAAUGUGUACACGAUGA